AGGUGCUGGAAUAAUUAAGAGAUAUCAGCUGGUCUCCUCGUUCACUGCGGUGGCUGAAGUUAUUCAUAGCACUGUGGUACUUAAAUGGGAAGUGCAGUGACUGCUGGUCCCAAAGGAGAGCCUUUUUUCACUUGGUGCCUGCACCAUAAUCGACAGUUCCUUCAAAGUAGCUGUGUCCAUUUGAGCAGUCAGUGGUAGAGGAGCAGACCAUGCUUGGGAUGAAGUGCAGGCUUUUCAUGGUUAUUUCAGGCCUGUAAUGCAAACAUUGGUCUUAUCCCAUUGAUCAUGAAUUCAUAGUCUAGCGGUAGACCAGAUUUAACUAGAUUCUCCACUAACUUCUCUAGCUUCUUCUGCAACCAGGUGGCAUCUCUUUGCUGGUAUCUGGAUUCACUUACCUUAUCUUCUAGGAAACUUUCCUGUUCAUUCCACCCACUUUCAGUGAAAAAGCUUUAAAACAUCCCGGACCCCCUUCCUUACAGCCUAGGGUACCCUAAUAUCCCUGAUCGCAAUUCAUAGAUAUGGUAAGAGGUGUGUGGCGAGGGGUUAGAAACUCAGAAAUAAACACAGAUGUGAAAUGUCUGAUUUUUGUGCUUUAAAAAAAAAACAAAACAAGAUUCAUACCUCUGACAUCAGAUAUUUAUUGGUUUAGAAUGGGCUAUCUGUGGUUGUCGCAGCACAUCUGGGUUUCAUGGGAGUGUACAUUUCUCUUACGGUUUUGGAGGUCGCCUAAAUUAUGCGUUGUGUCUUCUGGAGCGGGGGGCUCUGCAGGGCCUACCUGCUCAGCGGAGGUGUAGCACAAGAAGCACAAUCGCUGCCCAACAAAAUAGCCAAGUGGCUUGUGGGGGCAGGGAAGAGGAGCCUCCAGGCCCCUUGUGUUCUGUAUCUCUGACACCUCAUUGUAAGUGAGAUAUGACAUGCACCAAUGGCAUGUGCAGCCAAGCUUAAAAUAGCCCUCCAUCAAUCCCAUGCGAAUUCCCUGGGCUCCUUAUAUGUCCCAGUGCACAUGCUGCUCCACUUUGGGAGGAAUGAAUACAGGGGGGUGGGGGGAGGGAAUUGGUGCCCGCCAGCACCGCUCAUGGCACUCAGGCUGUAUCACCUCUAGCAGCCCUUUUUCAUACGUUCUCUCAAAUACAAAAGACUUUACAGUCCUCAUCCAAAUAGAGCGAAGUGUAAGAAAUUGGGCUUGGCUCAUCUAAGAUCGGGUUUUAUGCCCGCAGUAUUGGUGAGAAAUACGAGCAAGUCCUUGGCAACUGCAUCUCUCUUUGUCAGUCACCUUCUCUUACAGGAUCUUUCUUUGUCCCCUCUAAUAUAGGACUGCCAGAUGCUUUUAAACCAGUUGAGAGAAAUCACAGGGAUUCAGGAUCCAUCCUGCCUUCACAAUGCCCUGAAGGCUGCUAACGGUGAUCUAACAGAAGCCGUCACCAUCCUCACUGAGGAGCAGGUUAAAGAGCCUGUCCAGGAUGCUGUUGCUGCAGAACCGUCCAACGGUGAAGGGAGUGCUGUGGGCAAGGGGCUGCUGACUGAUGUGAUUGAUCUAACGCCGGAUAACAAAGGUGACCUCCAGGCAGUCAUUGCUCUCAGCUUAAUGGAGUCUCCAAAAGUCCAAACAGUGGAAAGGGAUGCUAACAGGUCAGUGAAUAUGGCCAACGAAACAAAUGCUGCAGAAAACAAAAAUCGCUCCAAAAGGAAACGAUGUGAAGUCUGGGGAGAGAAUCCCAAUCAAAACAACUGGAGGAGGGUGGAUGACUGGCCUGUUGGAUUGAAAAACAUUGGAAAUACAUGCUGGUUUAGUGCUGUCAUACAGUCUCUUUUCCAGCUGCCAGAAUUUCGGAGGCUGGUCCUUGGUUACACUCUCCCCCAAAGCGUGCUUGAGAACUGUCGAAGUCGCAACGAAAAGAGAAAUAUUGCCUUCAUGCAGGAACUUCAGUGUCUCUUUGCUUUAAUGCUGGGAACGCACCGUAGAUUUGUGGACCCCACUGCAGCGCUGGAGCUUUUGAGAGAGGCCUUUAGAACAGCUGAAGAGCAGCAGCAAGAUGUGAGCGAAUUCACCCACAAACUUCUGGAUUGGCUGGAGGAUGCGUUUCAGCUAGCUGUUAACGUUAACAGCAGCCCUGGAGACAAAUCUGAAAACCCAAUGGUACAACUUUUCUAUGGGACUUUCCUGACCGAAGGGAUCCACGAGGGCAACACCUUUUCCAAAAUAGAGGCUUUUGGCCAGUAUCCCCUUCAGGUAAACGGUUAUCGGGACUUGACCGAGUGCUUGGAAGGGGCCAUGAUAGAGGGGGAGAUUGAUGAGAAGGCAACAACUCAAUCGGUGAAAUAUGGACAAGAGCGCUGGUUUACGAAGCUCCCUCCAGUAUUGACUUUUGAGCUUUCCCGGUUUGAAUUCAAUCAAUCGCUGGGGCAGCCAGAGAAGAUUCACACGAAGCUUGAAUUUCCUCAGAUAAUUUAUAUGGACCGGUACUUGUACAGCAGUAAAGAGGCCAUUCAGAAGAAGAGAGAGGAGAUCAGGUUGUUAAAAGAGCAAAUCGCAGUUCUACAGGAGAAACUAGAAAGAUACAUGCAGUAUGGCUCUGGCCCAACCCGCUUCCCCUUGCCUGACAUGCUGCAGUAUGUCCUUGAAUUUGUCACCGCCAAGCUGCCUGCGGAUGGUCCCUCCACCCAGGAGUCUCAGGCGGCCCCUUUGGAGCCCCAAGCGGAGUCCCGUGUGUUGGAUGGGCCUCUGCUGCAAAACAGUGCAUUAAAAAUGGAGGAUGCUGAGAAAUCUGAAGAUGCGACCUCUGCUCCAGCAGACACUCAGCCACAGCCAGAACCAGUGAGCAAGCCGGUCCAUUCCUCAGCUUCACUGACGAGAGUGCCUGAGCGCCCAGCCCCUCACGUGGCCACCAAGGAGGAAAUGAGCCUGGUUCGGACAUGCCUGCAGCGCUGGAGGAGUGAGAUUGAACAGGACAUUCAAGAUUUGAAGGGCUCUAUUGCCCAAAUCAGCCAGUCCAUUGAGAAGAUGUACUGUGACCCUCUCCUCCGUCAGGUUCCUUAUCAUUUGCAUGCAGUCCUGGUUCAUGAAGGCCAAGCAAAUGCAGGUCAUUACUGGGCCUAUAUCUAUGACCAGCCCCGGAAGAGCUGGCUUAAAUACAAUGACAUCUCAGUGACAGAAUCAUCAUGGGAAGAGCUGGAGAGAGAUUCAUUUGGAGGCCUGAAGAAUGCCAGUGCCUACUGCCUGAUGUACAUAAAGGAUAAGAUGUCACGCCACAUUGCAGAUGAUGAUGCAGGGGCUGGGCAAUUCCAGAAGGAAGUUGAAGGCCUGCCACCUGAACUGAAGCAUUACAUACAAGAGGACAACUGGAGGCUUGAACAGGAGGUGGAGGAAUGGGAAGGGGAGCAAUCCUGCAAGAUCCCUCAGAUUGAGCCAUCAUCUGCUUCUGAAUCUCAGGAUUUCUUUUCUGAAUCAGGACAAGAUCAGUCUUCAGCCUGCGAGCCUGACCUGCACUCAUUGUCUUCCCAACAUGCCAUGAUGGCGAAGGAGCAGACCGCCCAGGCCAUUGCCAACACGGCUGAUGCCUAUGAGAAGAACGGUGUGGAGGCGGCUCUGUGCAAGCCGGAGGAGGCUGAACCAGCAAAGGCCCUGCCAAGCGCAACAGCCCUUAAAGCUCAGGCAGAACAGCAGCAGGAUGCUAAAGGGACAGAGUCUGCUGCCCAGCCUGGCUCGCAGGUCUCUGAAGUGGAGAUCCCUAGUGUGGGGAAGAUUCUGGUUAGAUCUGACGCAGACGGAUAUAACGAGGAGGUGAUGCUUAGUCCAGCCAUGCAAGGUGUGAUCCUGGCUAUUGCCAAAGCCCGUCAGACCUUUGACCGGGAUGGGUCUGAAGCGGGGCUUGUUAAGGCCUUCCGGGAAGAGUAUUCCAGACUGUAUCUACUGGCCAAAGAGACCCCAACACCUCAGAGCGACCCCCGGUUGCAGCAUGUGCUUGUCUACUUCCUGCAGAACAACGCUCCCAAGCGGGUGGUGGAGCGGACGCUGCUGGAGCAGUUUGCAGACAAGAACCUCAGCUACGAUGAACGGUCCAUUAGUAUUAUGAAGGUAGCACGGGCUAAGCUGAAGGAGAUUGGCCCUGAUGAUGUGGAUAUGGAAGAGUACAAGAAAUGGCAUGAAGACUACAGCUUAUUUCGCAAGGUGUCUGUUUAUCUGCUGACGGGGUUGGAGCUCUACCAGAAUAGGAAGUACCAGGAAGCGCUGACCUACUUGGUGUACGCCUACCAAAGUAACACCACCCUGCUGAGGAAAGGGCCUAACCGGGGAGCAGACGAAUCACUGAUUGCUUUGUACAGAAGAAAAUGCCUGCUGAAGCUGAACGAUGUGGCGGCAGCUCUCUUUAUAAGCAGCGAUGAGGCGCACGUGGCAGAGGGCGUUAGCAUCCUGAAUGAGCUGAUCAUCCCCUGCAUGCACCUCAUCAUCAACAACGACAUCUCGCAGGAUGACCUGGACGCCAUUGAGAUCAUGAGAAACCGCUGGUGUUCUUACCUGGGACAAGAAGACAUGAACGGUAGCAUGCCAAUCACUUGUUUUCAUCUCCAGCCCCCUGUGUUCUGGCUGGGUCCUGCAUCUGAACUAGAAAAAGACUUCACUGGCCAUUUAAAACACUCCCUGUGUCAUUCUUAGUAUUUGCAUGCUGUACUGUGUAAAACUGUCUGCUCCUAUUGCCCGCGAAUGGUGUGGUGGAAUAGUGUGAUUGGGGCUUGUCCUUAAGCUACAGGAAGUAUUUCCUGCGUGUUGAAUGUUUUUGAAUUAGGAGACAGAUACCUCAGUCUCUUCUUGCUCUUUUUAUCAUCCUGAGUUUCCACCUUCCCAGCCAGCAGAUUUUCUUGGUCUCUCUUGUGUGCUGGCCUGGAAGAGGAGAGAACAUCUGGGUGCCUCUUUACUUCUCAAGCAUGUGAUAUCGGAUGCACUCUGAUGUUACACUGUGAUAGGGACACUACCAAUCACUUUUUUCUUACAGCCCAGAGCUUCAUAACUACCCAUCAGUUUGUAUUGCGCUCUACUUUCCCAAAAGGUGUUGAGGAAUGGAUGAGAGCAGCUCGCUGUCCAGCUUGGAAAAUCAGGGUCCUGGAUUGCUAGAGAGAUGAUGGCUUUUUCUGCAUCUGUGUUUCAGUACUGGAUGCCUGGUUUGCUCCAGGUUUUGUUUUUGUAUGAUAAAAUUAAGUCUCCCUGAUUUCUUCUCAGCUUGAGUGGGAGGCCUGGCUGGAGGCUCUCAACACUGCUCUCUUCUACCAGCAGAGGGUAAACUUGCCACAACAGAAAGAGGAGUUUUGUUCUCCAAAUGUAGAGCAGGGAAGCUGAAAAGAUUGGCUAGCAGCGUCACUUCCCCGGGUCUGGCCUUACUGUACCUGCAGUUGUUUUUUGGAAACCCAACUGGUGGUGAAGGAGAUGUGGAAGGAGCAACACCUGCCUCUUUCUACCUCCAUUGUGUUCUGUAGACCAACCGCGGAGUUGCCUUCCUCCUCGCAUGGUUAUGCUAUGUACAAAAUUUCUUGGGCAGUAAGUUGGGCGGUUGAUACUUAGUCUUUCAGAAAAAAGAAAAGGGCAUUAUUUUUGGCACAUUCACCUGGCGAAUCUCAAGCCCUUCCAAGGUGUUGUCUGUCCAGGAGCAGAGCGCUGAGUCUGAAAGCUUUUGUUAGCAUUGGAUGUGCUAGGCCUGCUGCGGGGAUGACCCGCCUGGUAUGCCGGUGAGUGAAUAGUGAGCUCACAGUUUGCUGUGCUUGCUAGCAGCUUGAGCUGGUUCUGUGAUGGGGCACAUCAAUAACUUGAAGACUUUCUUUUUCAAUUUGCUUCUCUCUGCCCAACCUCUGUUUCUGUGCCUGAACAGAAGAGUGUCGCUCUGGCUGUCCCAAAGCAGGUGGUUUUGGUUUUGCACUGUUUAAGAGUCAUAGAUUUGACUCGUUAUCUGAUGUUGGCGUUGGCACUGGUAUAUUGUAGCAUAAAGGCACCCGUCAUGGUC